CCACCAUCUACAGGGGCAUUGCCAGUCCAUUGAAGAUACGACCACAGAUGUCGAGGUUGGAUGGGGAAACACGUGGCCCUCACCAUGCCCACCAUCUUCCCGGAAUUGGAUCUGGAGAACUUUGAGUACGAUGAUUCUGCUGAGGCCUGUUAUGUGGGCGACAUUGUGGCCUUUGGGACCGUCUUCCUGUCCAUCUUCUACUCCCUCGUCUUUGCCUUCGGUCUGGUGGGAAAUCUGUUGGUGGUACUCGCCCUCACCAACAGCCGGAAGCCCAAGAGCAUCACCGACAUCUACCUCCUGAACCUGGCCUUGAGUGACCUGCUCUUUGUGGCCACCUUGCCCUUCUGGACUCACUACUUGGUCAGCGAGGAAGGCUUCCACAACGCCGUGUGCAAGCUCACCACUGCCUUCUUCUUCAUCGGCUUCUUUGGGGGCAUAUUCUUCAUUACCGUCAUCAGCAUCGAUAGGUACCUGGCCAUUGUCCUGGCCGCCAACUCCAUGAACAACCGAACGGUGCAGCAUGGUGUCACCAUCAGUCUGGGCGUCUGGGCGGCGGCCAUCUUGGUGGCGGCACCCCAGUUCAUGUUCACAAAGAGAAAGGAAAACGAGUGUCUGGGUGAUUACCCCCAAGUCCUCCAGGAAAUCUGGCCCGUGCUCCGCAACUCGGAAGCAAACAUCCUGGGCUUUGUGCUGCCCCUGAUCGUCAUGAGCUUCUGCUACUUCCGAAUCCUCCAGACUCUGUUUUCCUGCAAGAAUCAGAAGAAGGCCAGGGCCAUCCGACUCAUCCUCCUCGUGGUGGUGGUCUUCUUCCUCUUCUGGACACCCUACAACAUCGUCAUCUUCAUGGAGACUCUCAAAUUCUACAACUUCUUCCCUAGUUGUGACACGAAGAGGGACCUGAGGCUGGCCCUCAGUGUGACGGAGACAGUGGCGUUCAGCCACUGCUGCCUCAACCCCCUCAUCUACGCUUUUGCUGGGGAAAAGUUCAGGAGAUACCUUGGACACCUGUACAGGAAGUGCCUGGCUGUGCUGUGCUGCCGUCCUGUCCACGUCAAUUUCACACCGGAAUCCCAGCGGAGCAGACAGGAGAGCAUCCUGAGCAGCUUCACUCGUUACACAAGCGACGGAGAGGGCUCUCUCCUGCUCUGAAAGGCCUGGACCCCACUGCGAGCCCAGACUCUCUGCUGCUCUGAAAGGCCUGGACCCCACUGUGAGCCCAGACUCUCUCCUGCUCUGAAAGGCCUGGACCCCCUGUGAACCCAGACUUCGACUCUGACUCCGGGUAAUGAAGACAGACUUUCUCCUGCUGUGUCCUAUGUGCAAGAAACAUGGACUAGAUGCCUACAAAACAACCCCACAGUGUUUUUGAAAAAUUUUUGUUCAAUUCAUGAACAAUACACAUAUUGCUGGCUGUAAAUGCUGAACGCUGGGGCUUACGCAUGACAAGGCUUCUAACCCGACUGGAUAAGUCACAAGGGGUGGCGAGGGUCAUUCACGUGAUCAUGUGGGGGAGAGGCUGAUUAAAUCCUCAGACUGAGAGGAAACCAAGCUUUGAAUCCAGCUAGAACGUCCCCUCUCUGGCCUUCAGCCUCUGAGUACUGACAGGCCAUCCAGACACACUUUCCAUAGCCUCAGCGUCAGAGAAGGACCUGGUCUCUCUCCGAUUUCAAGGUCAGCAUUUCCAGGGAAGGACUUCCACUGGCCAAGCUGUGUCACGUGCCCAUCCCUUGAUUCCUCUUGAGGAAGAGACCUGGUCAGUCAUCCUCACCAACAUAGACCAUGAGACCCUAUUUGGACAAGUUUAACAGAACUGCCAUAUAUGGGCUGCCUGUGCAUGCUUCAGCAUUGCCAGGGCAUGCAUGCAUGCAUUCAUUCAUUCAUUCAUUCAUUCAUUGAAAUAGAACUGAUCUAAGAUAUUAUUGGAACCUGAAGGUUGGAGGUUGAGGAAGAUAUAUUUCUAAGAAAUUGGAGGGUGGGAACUACCCUGAUAAGACAGAACAAGAUCGGCUCCUCUGCCUUACGACGGGACUGACUGACCCAGGCUCUCCCCUCAGCAACCAGCCUGUGUCUACUGCCAGCUUCUUAAUUAAACCCAUCUUGAGAAUGUCCUGAAAAUUCCAAGGGCUCCCACUGACCACUGCAUCAAAUGUAAACUCAAGUGCCUGGCCUCUGAGACCAGGGACAUAAGAUGCAGUUCUAAAAAUAGACUCUACACUGCCCCCUCCUCCUUCCCAAAGGACCCCACCCACGCUGCUGCCAGGUCCCUUCCAUUUGUCUUUACCCAUAUCCCUCUGCUUCUCUCAACACCCCCCACUGGGGGGAGGCAGGAGAUACAAAGAAUCUCACCCCAGAGUGAAGGGAUGGAUUUAUAUCCCAGCUCUGUCACUUGUAAUUGGGGAGACCGGAACCAACAGAGCUUCAGCCCCUCACCUAUAAAAGGGGGACAGUGGUGGCCUCAUCUAUUCUAGCACGGCAAAUCAGCCAGGAAUUUAGCUUCCCCUGUGUCUGGCACUGUUGAGCUGCCUCUGAGAGAUAGCACAGAUGGAGUGGGAGGAGCCUGCAGGAGACAGCCAGACAAGAGACCCCCAUUCCCACAGUGAUGCUCAGCGGCACCUAGAUCUACAGACCCCUAACCAUCUCCCUGCUGUCAAUCAAGAGCCAGGCUGUGAGAGCAGCUUGCUUUCUGCCCUCAACCCGAAAGCAUCAUGUGGUCUAACCACAGGAGACCCUCACAGCUGCACCCACUGACUGGGGACUGCACAGUUCUGUAACUUGCUUUCUAAAAAGCGCUGGGUCCCAAUUGCUCUCUGUUCCGGUGUAGCACUGUAAUAACCAUUUGAGAAGUCUCCCCCCCCCCCCCCGAUGGUGGCACUGAGGAAGCUGUGGCAUGUGGCUCACUGUGGCGUGUCUGAUAUCUCCUUGGCAGUCUGCGUGUUUGUUCCAAGGGCGGCAGACGGAGUCACAUCCCUCACAGACACGUCCAGCAUGUUGACAUUGCAACACAAUGCUGUCUUCUACAGCGGUCACAACUGAGAACCUCAAAAUUUAGUUACCAAAGUGGGGAGACGGGAAAGAUGGCUCAGUGGUUAAGAGCACUGGCUGCUACUCCAGAGGACUGGCGUUCAAUUUCCAGAACCCACUUAGUGUCUAACAAUGGUCUUUAACUCCAGUUCCAGGUGAUCCAACAGCCUCUUCUGGUUUCUGAGAGCACCAGGCAAAAACGUGGUGAACACACAUGCAUGCACAAAAAAAUAAGUAAAAACAAAAACAAAACCAGAAAAACUUGUUUGGUUUUUCAAGACAGGUUUUCUCUAUGUAACCCUGACUGUCCUGAAAUUCUUUGUAGACCA